UGGGGGGGUCUCAGCGGGUGUGAGGGUAUGAUGGUCUCAGAGGGGGUGAGGCUGUGGUGGGGUCUCGGAAGGGUGAGGGGGGGAGCUCAGGGGAGCAUCCUGCCAGAGGUGCUUUGUGAGGACGAUGAUCUGGAAAGGAGAGCCGCCCUCCAUGCGUGUGGGGGGGCAUCCGGCGUGGGCAACAAAUGGGAAGCAACUUGGGGUCUCCUCCAGGGCCGGGACUCCCACCUCAUUCGAGACCCUGAAACCCACUUCGUGGGCUGGGACCGGCGCUUGAGAAACUAGAACAGAAAAUGUUUGCGCGCCGUAUUCCCGCCGCGGGGAUCUUGGCUCCGCGACGCUUCGGUCACCCACGCGCGUCCGUCCUGGAUCCUGGAGUAUUUCUUGCGCGGGGCCCCGGCUCCAGAGGCCUCUACGGUGCUCAGGCCCCAGGGUCUGCACCCCAGUCCCUUCCCCAGGUCCCGCUCAAGGCGUCUGUGGGGCCCCGGGGCCGUGGGGUGGGCCGGCCUCCCAGACCCGACCCCAGGCCCCUGUCGGGUCAUUACAGAGGAGCCUCAGUGCAGAAUCCAGGGCACCUUUCCACUGGCGUGAGGAGGCAGACUGAUGGCACCAUCAGGAAGGAAGCGGUACCCGGGAGGUGCCGCUCCCCUCCCCCCCCCCCCCCACCCCCCAGCAGGAAGCUCCCAGCCCGUGUCACUCAGCGCUCUGCGCUGGCCGUGCGGCAGUGGGGCCACUAGGACACUAGGACAGCGGGGGCCCUGCCCUGGACACAGGUCCCCACGCCAGGGCCAGACACAGGCAGGAUAUGCGGUGCCAUCGGUGGCUUCCGGACGGCCCCGUGCCGCUUGGGCUGGACCCGCGACCUGACUUCCCCGGGCUUGUACAGGAGGCGCCCCAAGGACACAGAUGCGGGCCCCCCGAUCUGGCCAAGUGUUCAGGACCCCACCGGGUACCUUCAAAACCAUGCCAAGCCCUGUCUGGGACGGUGAGGAGAGCUCGGGCCACACCGAGGCCAGCCUCUGCAGGACCAUGAACGGUACCUGUCACUCCAGUGAGCCCACCUGGCCCUCCUGGGUCAAGAACAUCGUGGACGCCUACGUGGGCCUGCUGCUGGCGCUGGGGCUGCUGCUCAACGGCCUGGCGCUGUGGGUGUUCCGCUGCCGCGUGCGGCGGUGGACGGAGACGCACAUCUACGUGGCCAGCCUGGCCGUGGCCGACCUCUGCCUGCUCUGCGCCCUGCCCUUCUUCCUGCAUUCCCUGAAGCAGAGAACCGAGGACACGCCGUUCUGCCAGCUCUCCCAGGGCGUCUACCCGACGAACGGGUACAUGAGCAUCAGCCUGGUGACGGCCGUCGCCGCGGACCGCUACGUGGCCGCCCUCCGCUCCCCGCGGCAGGCCGUGGCCGUGUGCGCGGCGCUCUGGGCGCUGGUGACGGGCUCGCUGGUGCUCCGGUGGGCCCUGGGGGCGCGGGAGGGCGGCUGCUGCUUCCUGGGCGUCUCCCGGGAGUCCAACACCACGGCCCUCUCCCCGCUGGCCGUGCUGCCUCUCUGCCCCCUGCAGGUGGUCGCUGCCCUGGGCCAGGGGCCGGCCGCCCACACGGACCAGGCAGAGGCCACCCGGAGGGCCACCCGCACGGUCUGGGCGAACCUGGUCGUGUUCGUGGCCUGCUUCCUGCCCUUACACGUGGUGCUGGCGGUGCGCGUGGCCGCGAGCCGCAGCGCCCCCACCCCCGCCCUCUGCUACGCCCUCUCCGUCACCAGCAAGCUCUCAGAUGCCAACUGCUGCCUGGACGCCAUCUGCUACUACUUCACGGCCAAGGAGUUCCAGGAGGAGGAGUCGGCACUGGCCUCCACGCCCACUGCCAAGGCCCACGGGAGCCGGGACUCUUUCUCUGUGACCCUGGCCUAGGACGCAAGUCGCGGGCAUGCGGGCCAGGUCCCGGGCUCUCCGGGAGGUGCUGCCUGCUGGGGGCGCCCCGGCUCACCGUGGAUGGGGGCAGGCUCCAGGGGGCCUGGCAGGGUGGCGACGACCCAGGCACGGACCCCGCGGUGGUGACGCGCCCAUCCCCGGGGUGGAAGAGGGUGGGAGGACUGAGCGAGGCCAACCCCUGGGGCCCUGAGAUCGGGCCAACACCUGCAGUGCCCAGGGUGUGGUACCCCGGGGUACUGGGGUGGACGCUUGCUCUGUGCCAGGAGGCCUCAGUGGCCAGCUUUCUGCGGCCAACCUACAGCGGUUGGAAUAAAGCUGUUCCCCUGAACUUGUCAGGGCUGUGUGUGCGUGUGUGUGUGCGUGCACGCAUGUGUGUGUGCCUUU